CUAUCAAUUACUGUUUUACCGACACAGAAUUCGAAGUUCAGCCUCGACGCUCCCAUCACCUUCACGAAUUUGUUUUUGUUGAGGAAAGUGAGCAAUAAUUGUUGGUAUUAUGCAGUAUUAUGUAUAUAAAUAAUGGAAGAAGAUGCAUGACUGCAAUGAGGGAACAGUAAUUGUUUUAAAAAGAAAAAUUUGUAUAACAAAUUUAUGGACUGGACGAAAUUAAUUUAUAAUGCUGUUUAACAUUUUGGUUUUAUCAUAUUUAUUAAGUAUUAUUCAAUGAAUUGUACAUGCAAUUAUUUUAAAAUAAAUUUUAAAUAAAGGAAAAGUCGUUUGAAUUUGAUAUAAAUUUUGCGAUAAGUAAAUUGUUUAUAAAUUUUAUGAAAAUGAGUAUGGAGGAGGAGUAUAAUGUAGCAGCCAGAUAUAGAACUGUUCGCAAGCAUUUAGAUAGUUUAGGAUAUAAGCAGGCACUUACCGUGGAUGGGCUUCCUUUGAUAGAAAAAUUGCUUGCCGAUCUCUUACAAACAACAGAAAGCUUGAAACAUUUUAAAAGCAUUGCGCAAGAAAAUAUUGAGGCACAUGUAGAAUUAAAAUCCAUAAUUGAUCCUUAUAAAUGUGAUAAUGUAAGACUAGUACAAGAAUGUAACCAGCUGCAUUUAGACUUGAUAAAAGAAAAGGAAAGUCAUCAGAAACAAAUUAAGGAUCUUAAAAAGGAAAUUUAUAAAUUGGAGCAUGAAUGUAAUGAUCUUCAGUUGGCAUCAUCUCGUAAUCUGCAUAGAAUUAAGGAAUUGGAGAUUGAAUCUUCCAAGAAGUCUAAGAGAAUUUUAGAACUUCAAGGGAAAUGUUUAAAGCCAACUAUUAGUAAUGUUGGCUUAGCUUCUAAAAAACGUCCUGUUUUUCCACUUCGAAGACCAGUCAUAGAAGGUGAACCAUUACCAAGAACAGGCUCUAAAAGUAAAAACCCAUUGCCAAAUUUAAGCACAGUGGAACCAAAAGUUGUUGAUUUGUUAAGCAUGGCAGACCAUAAAAUGAAUUGUUUGAGUCAUGAGGUAACAAAAUUAAAGGGAGAACUCUCUUUACAAACUGAAAAUGUACAUACACUAAAGAGUCAGUUAGCUACAAAGGAAAAAGAAAUUAUGAGAUUGAAGAAGAUGUUAGAUGGAGGCAGACCAUAUACUGCUGUACUUAAAGAUUGUCUUUGUAAAAAGACAGACAAAGAUAAUGUAGAUGUUAAUGAAUUGAAGAUUCUUCAGCAAGAAAAGCUAGAAUUAGAACAGCAGUUAAAAGAAGCCUUAAAUAAGCAACACGAUGCUAUGACUCAAGCGCUUAAACUUGCUGAUCGGAACGAAGAAUUAGAAAAAGAGUUAAGAGAUAUAGAUCAUAUAGCAUUAGCUGUAGAAGCUGAUUGUAAUUCUACAGUUAAAGAAACUAAUAAAAGAGUCUCUAAACUACAGCAAAAAUUAGAAGAAGUAAUGACACAAGUACAUGUAUUAGAAGGUGAAUUAACUGUCGAACGUAGAGAAGUGCAAGAAUUGAAAGCAGACCUUGAAGUUUGUAGAAUGGAAAAAAAUAACAUUAAACACACUUUGGAAUCUACAUUAGAUGAGAAAAAACAGAUGACAGAUAGGAUAAAUGAAUUAAUAGUAAUUGAAACAAACUUAAAUGAUGAAAUAGAAAGAUUGGCCAGAGAAAAUGAAAAACAAAGACAAGAUAUUAUUCAGUUACAAUAUAGCAAUAAAUUAUUAAAAGAUCAAAUGAACAUGAUGGAAAUUUUAAAAGAUAAUGAUAUAAUAAAUAUAAAAAGAACAAGAGAAAAAGGCAAAAGGAAUGAUGACAACAAUGGACAAAAUGGAAUAGAGAUUCAUGAAACGCAUAAAGAGAAAGAAAUUCAAAAUGAGAAUGGUGUUUGGUACAACAAUGUACUGAGACAGUUGAAUGAGAAAGAGACUCAAAUAAAUAAUUUACAGCAAACGGUUGAACAAUUAGGACGAGAGAGAGAUUUCUACAGAGACGAAUAUAAUAAAAUUAAAGAUUACCAUAAUAAAACGAUUGAUAAAGAUCAUGCUGAUCUGUGGACACGAAUUCGAGAAUUGAAACUUCAGUUAACCGAAAAAGAAAGUGCAGUGGAUGAAUUACAGAGGGAGAAAAAAGAACUGUAUCGUGAAAAAGUUAAUUUAGAGAUGCGUUUGAAGAAUUAUAAAGCUGAACAUAAAUCGUCUUGUCGCCCCUGUAAUGUGUGUAAACGUGGUAAUUCGUGUAAUUGUUCUCUCUCAGCUGUGAAGGAUAUUAGUAAAACAAAGAGUAUCAUCGAAAGGUUGGAACAUGAACGAGACGUUGCUAGAGCGGAUGUUGAACGAUUAAUAGAGGAACGUGAUGCAUUACGUGAACGAUUAAAGAUGGCAGCAGAAGCACAUACUUCUGAACAACAUCGUUUGCGGGAAAACUUAACUGAUGUUGAAGCUCGACUGAAACAGAUAGAAAAGGAGCGGCAAGAACUUUUACUUACGCAGGGAUCACGAAGAGCAACCAUAAAGGGGCUGGAAGAUCAAUUACAAGAUCUGCGAGAAGAGCUAAAACGGACUAAGCAAGAAUUAGGAACGCAACGGACACAAUAUUUCCAACUUCGGGCCCUCCAAGAUCAGACAGAUCAGGCACUGAACGAUGCACAGAAUCAAUUAACACAAUCAGAGUCUGAAUUAAAUAAGGCGUUUGAUCGCAGUAGAGCGAUGGAACGACAGCAGUUGCAACUUGAAAGUCAAGUGAAGGAAUUGCAACAAGAAAUUUGUAAUCUUAAAACAAAGAUGACACAUUUGGAUCAUGAGAAAGAUCAAUUAUUGAUGGUGUUGGAUGAGAAGACGGAGAGGAUAGCUGCUUUAGAGAAAGAAAUAAUGCUGAAAGAUCAACAGGUAAUGGGAAGUGAACAGCAGAUUCGUGAAUUACAGCAAAAAAAUGAAAUGACCAUCGAUCAGAGUGCCGAACAAGACAGGCAAUUAAGAAUGAUGCAGCUGGAAGUGGAGAAUCUUCAACGACAACUGCACACGGCCUCUUACGAUCGAGAGAAUGCGAUUCAAGAAAAUCAACGGGUCCAAGACGAUUUAGCUGCGGUUACUUGCGAAGUAAGAAAUCUGCAACGGGAAUUAGACGCGUCCCGCGCCGAAUGCUCCGAUUUGAAACGGCAACUUCAAACUUACGUUGGCGAAGUUCGUCGAGCUGAGGAGCUUCUCAAUCGAAAGGAGAACGAAAGAACGGAGAUGUUGAAUCACUUCAGAAGUUUGAGCUUGGAGGCGACAGUUUUGGAGAACAAUAACCAUAGUUUGGAGUCUGAAGCAGCUGAAGCAAGAGGUGCGCUCCAUUCGGCUAGGGAUCGACUGUUAGAUUUCGAACGACAAUUGGCUGAUAAGGAUUCUCUGAUAAGGGGCUAUGAAACUCAGAUCAGCGAAUUAACUCAAAAUGUCGCCAGUAUGGAAACGCAGUUGCGCCAACAAGGAGAACAGAGGCACAGAACAGAGGCCGAUUUGAAUGCUGUUAGAGAUUUGUGUGUAAAAUUGGAUCAGCAGAAAGAUACACUGAUGCAACAAAUGGACGAUAAAGAUGCGAUCAAGGCGCAGUACGAUAUGCAAAUCGCUAAACUAAAAGCGGAGCAAGUUGCGAUCCAAGAUCAGAUGAACAGAGAUCGCGUAACGGUUGAACGACUGGAGAUGCUUUUGGAGCAAGCUCGUCAAGAGUCUAUAACUGCACAGGCUAAUAAUCAGGAGCUCCAAAACGAGAUGUCCAGACUGAGACAGAAGAUGUCUGAAUUACAAAAUAAAUUAUCGUCGGAAUCAAGCAAACUCCGGCAAUAUCAGACUCAGGCUGCGGAGUACUGUAAACAGAUCAGUGAACUGCGUAGGCAAGUUACAAACGAGAGAUUUGAUCGUGCAAGAAAAGAUGAAGAAAGUCGCAGACACUCAGAAGGCCUUCCCGAUUCACUCGUCCAAACUCCACAUCCUACCAACCAAAAUCCCAACGAGUCAAAUGAUACAGGAUUUGCGACACGCAGAUAUUUGCAGAACGAAGAGCAUGACGGUACAACCGAUAGAAGCGGGAUGAAAAUGGUAGAUGAUAUUGCAGUGUCACGUUUUGGAUAUUUGAAGGUGGAAAGUAACUACAGAUGUAACAAUCGACCAAAAGAAAUUCAGCGUGAUGUUCCAUGUAUUAACAUAAUAUUACGUUCAGAUUGUAAAAUGCAUUCCAAUCAGUACAACUACGUGCAAAAAGAAAACGCACAAAAUGAGAACAAACCAGAGCCUCGAAAUAAUGAAGAUUUAGUCAAAACUAAUGUACAGAGGCCAACUGUGUCAGGUUUAAAUUCUCCUGGCACAAAGUACAAUUCUACCUAUUUUAAUACCGACAAUCAUUUUGAUGUCUUGCAAACAUUAGGAAUGAAAUAUAAUUAUACUGCCUUUGACAUAGAAAAUAAGUUGAAUGUGUCACAAUCAGUAGGUGUGCAAAAUAAAGCACAGUGCAAUCAGGGUACUAAACAAUUAGCCUCUAAUAGUACUUCAAAGAUUCGGUACAGUAGCCCACUAUUUUCAUAUUAUCCUGUUCAUUCCACUGAAAUAUCAAAUGACAGCAAAGCUUUGGAUAAUGCAGCUAAAAAAAGAUUAGCGUUCUCCAAGAAUAGCAACGUAGUUUUAAAUGAUAAAAUUGCAAAUAUCGUCUGCACUAACAAAUCGUACAAUAUUUCUAAAAAUAAUUAUGAUAAAUAUACUUCACUAGAAGAAAGUACUUUUAACAAAACCAUAUCAAGGAAUAAAAAAUUAACAAAGUUUUUACAUCAAGAUGACAUAAAUUUCUGUACUGAUACAACUUGUACCAAAACUAAUUGUUCUGCAUCAACUACGAAAAGAGAAAAUAAGCAUAAAAGUACACAUACCGAUAUAAAAUGUAUGCAUGAUGUUACAACAAGUACUUUAUUGAAAUCUACUGAAAACUUUCACUAUAAUAGAGAACGAGAAAAAAAAUGUAUAAAUACAAUUGAUACUGCUUUGGAUACAGUUCAAAAUAUGUUGAAAGGGGUAAAAAAAUUUGAAGACAAAGAUAUUGAUAAACAAAAUGCUGAAAAUUACCACUAUCAAGAAGUAAGAUGCAAAAAUAUGGGUUGCAAUUACUUAAAUGCGGUGCAUGAUGUUGCUGUAUCGAAAUAUAAACAAAAUUGUGCAAAUUUAGCAGAGAUAAUAAAACCAGAAUAUGUGAAAAUGUUACAGGAAAUUAAAGAACAGACGAUGGCGUUAGAAGAGCAAUUGAUAAUCAUGAAUAAGAAUAUGAAGAUUAAGAAGAGAACAAUUGAAAAACUUAUGUCUGCUCCUGAAUAUCAAGACACUUAUAAUACUGAACAGCAAAGAGAUAUAAUUACACAGAAUCCUGAAAAAAGAAAUAUCUGUGUUCAGGAACCAUCAGAAAGCACCAGUUAUGUAAACUGUAUGCAGUAUACAACAUUAAAACCUGAAAAAGAUAACGAUGAGCAAGAUAUUAAGAAGCAAGAUGUAGCUCUUAAAAAAAGCAAACAUAAAAGGGAGGUAGAGCAAAAUUGUAAAAAUUUCACAGGACAGCAGGAGAAUAAAGAUCACAGAAAAGAUAUUAAUAAUUUUAAAAGAACACAUAAUGUACAAAUUCAAUGUAUAAGAUCUUUUCAUAUAAUUGACGCUUCGAGUUUUAAAUCCUUUUCAACAUCAACAUCUAAAAAGGUAAAUCCUGCAAACAACAAAAACAAAGUUUAUUAUAUUUCCCGUCGUGUCCAAAGCAGUCUUACAAGCAAAGAAAAUUUACGUUCACAACGAAUUAAUAAAACUAUGUUAGAUAAAUUGAUAAUCAAUGCUGUAGAAAUGAAUAAUAAGGGAAUAAAUGACGAGCAGGAAUCUUUGACUUAUGAGGAAAAAGCUAUCAUGAUGUUACUCUUAGCAAAGAGUAUAAGUAAUAAAUGUUUAAAAUCUAAACAUAAGAAAUCAGAACUUAUAAAUUUUAAACCAAAAUGCAUUAUUGAUUCGUGUAUUCCAUGUGACCAAAGGUUGGUUAAAUGUAAAUUGUCCAAGAGAAAAAUGCAGAUACCUGUUGUGUUCAAACAAUCAAAACCCAUAAAAUAUAACGACGAACAAAAUAUCUACUCAAAUCAAAAUAGUUGCGAGUGCUUACCAUUACAAUCAGAAAAUAAUUUAGUAACUACUGUUUGUACACAGUCAUCCAAUUUACAAAUUACUACUGCCACCUCAGUUUCUUGUACUUCAUUCAACAAUAGAAUUAUUGUAGACAAUGUAAUUGAAGAAAGGAGAACAAGAGGAGACGCUUGUAUAUUAAGUUAAUUAAUGAAUGGAAAACAAAAGCUUGCAAAAUUCCAAAUAUGUGUUAAGUUAAAAUGUGCCUAUUGUAGUAUUUUAGUUCUUAAUUUAAUCAAGUAAUAUAAAAAAGUAACAAAAAAGCUUAUACAUUGUUGCCAGUAUCAAGAACUGACAUUUAAUGUUUCAACUUUUAAAUUGACUAUAAAAUUUCUAAUACUAUUUGUAGAUAUAGCGUUGCGAUAAAUUAUAUGAAAAUGUAAAUUUUAAACUAACAAAUUAUAAGACUGUACUAGCACUAAU